AUGAGUAGCGGCGCGUACGACCAUCUCUAUAAAAUCAUCUUAAUCGGAGAUGCUACCGUUGGCAAAUCAUAUCUGCUCAGUCGUUACAUAAAAAAUUCAUUGCCUCCCGUUGCAAAGGCUACCAUUGGCGUUGAAUUUGCCACAAGAACUGUUCCAUUACAAACUGGAGGGACUGUAAAAGCCCAAAUUUGGGAUACUGCCGGGCAAGAGCGUUAUCGAAGUAUAACUAGCGCCCAUUACAGAAGGGCAGUAGGCGCUGUUUUGGUCUACGAUGUCACAAAUCGGCAAUCAUUUACUAACGUACAAAAAUGGUUAGAUGAGUUGAGACAAGCGGCGGAACCAGAUGUAAUUGUAAUUUUGGUGGGUAAUAAGGUGGAUCUGUUAGAUAAAAGUCCACUAGCAAGACAAGUGCCAUUGCAAAUGGCUCAGAAAUUUGCAGAGGAGUGCAAUAUACAGCAUUUCGAGGCCUCUGCAGUUACUGGAUACAAUGUAAAACAAAUUUUUGAGCAUCUACUGCAGGAAAUAUUUAACCUGCAAUCGCGUGCAGCAGUCAAUAUGGUUGUACAUUCUGAGUCUGUAAAAUACAGUGGACCACAUUUUCACCGAGAAUUUGGUGCAAAUGAGGCUAUUAGAGAAGAUAAACGCAGUUUACCUAGUUGCAUAUACCUGGGCAAAAGUAUUCAAAUCCUCCCCUGCUGCAAUGAUCAAUAA